AUGGCGCUGAAUGUUGUUUGCGCAUGGCUGCGGAACGAUCUUCGAGUUCACGACUCGCCAGUCUUGAGCCGUGCUGCACAGCUGUCUCGAGAGCAGAAGCUUCCUGUGCUUCCAGUAUACCUCUUUGAUCCUCGGCAGUUUCGGGAGACGAAGUUCGGCACCUUGAAGACGGGAGCCUUCCGGGCGCUCUUUCUCCUGCAGUCCGUGCGUGUUCUGAAGCGCAGGCUUCGCUCUCUGGGCUCCGACCUCCUGGUGAAAGUCGGUAAGCCGGAGGACGUCCUGCCAUCUCUUCUGGACAAGAAGUCCGUGCUUGUGACACAGGAAGAGGUGACCUCAGAGGAGCGUUCGGUGGACAAAGCACUUCGACGUGAGCUGGCUGCCAAGGGCUGCGAGGCAUGGGAGUACUGCUGGGGGAGCACGCUGUUUCACCGUGACGAUCUGCCGUUUCGGCAGGACCUCAGCAACGCCCCGGACGUGUUUACAUCCUUCAAGAACCAGGUCGAGCCGGAAAUGGCAGCCCGGGUGAACGAGGUGCCGAGUUCGUUCCAGGACAAGAGGAAAGACAAGAGCCACAUGGGUGUCAGGUGGGGUGGGGAGACAGACAGACCACGAUGA